AAAACUUAUCCAAAAAGAAAAUAAAAAAAGAGAGUUAAUAUUUGGUUCAAUUACAGCUCCAAAGAAUGCAAGCAAGGCCCCAAAAAACCAAACAAUAGAGUAAUAGACAGUUAUUACUUAUUAUUGCUGCAACUGCCUAGCUCAUUCUUCUUCUCAACUCUAGCUUCCAAGUCAACACAAGUAGCUGAAGUCAACUUGCUUAGAUUCAAGAUUCAACACACGUCCAAGUAAAUCACAGCAAUACAUACUUCAUUUCUAGUUUCUUGAUUGAAUCUUGUGAGAGCAGCAAUGGUGGUCGAUGUGGCAAGUGCUUUGCUCUCUGCCUCCCUGCAAGUCUUGAUUGACAGGUUAGCUUCUCCUCAGCUUCUGUUCUUCUUUCGCAACAAGACCUACGAAGCUGCCGAGGAUUUGAAGCUGCAGUUACUCUCAGUGAACUCUGUCCUCGUGGAUGCAGAGGAGAAGCAGAUCGUCAACCCAUACGUCAAGAUAUGGCUCAACGAGCUUCGAGAAGCUCUCUACUCUGCCGAAGAUCUUCUUGAUAAGCUUGACACUCAGGUUUUGGAAUACAAGGUGAGGUCUCAGUCACACACCACAUUGGACACUGUAAUAGACUACUUUGAUUCUGUUUCUCCUUUGGCUAAGUCGUUGAAUCGUAGCCUUGAGAAAAUAAAUCUCAGGCUUCAUGUUUUGAGAGACUAUCAAAACUGUUUGGGCCUUAGGGAAGUCCCACAGAAUCUGUUCCCACUGCUACCUAAUGUGCCUACUACUAGAAGGGUGGAUUGGGCUAGGGUUUAUGGCAGGGACAGUGUAAAAGAAACAAUCAUACAAGGUAUGCUUGGAACCAUGAAUGAGGAAGUUGAACCAAUUGUUGUGGCAAUUGUUGGGAUGGCAGGGGUUGGCAAAACUACUCUGUCUCAGGUUUUGUUCAGCGAUGAACAUGUAACGCGAAACUUCCAUAUACGGUCUUGGGUUUAUGUCUCUGAGGGUUCUGAUGUUCUCUACUUAACCACCAAGGUUUAUGAGUCAUUGACGGGUUCUAGUGUUGGGAGUACAAGCUUGGACAGACUUCAAGACCAAGUAGCAUCUUUGUUGAGUGGAAAGAACUUCUUGUUGGUUUUAGAUGAUUUUUGGGCUGAGAGUUUCUUUGACUGGGAACUCUUCAAGAUGGCCUUUAUGGAUGCUGCUAUUAGAUGUGUUAUUCUAGUCACCACCCGCAAUGAAAAUGUGGCAAUCACUAUGCGUGCUGCUGUUUAUUUCCUUUCACAUCUACCGGAUGAUGAUUGUUGGAACAUCUUUGCUCAUUAUGCAUUUGGGAACAGAAAUCCGGAGCCAACUUUGUUGGAGAUUGGUCACAGGAUAGUGAGAAAGUGCAAGGGUCUUCCUUUAGCUGCAAAAGUGCUUGGGAGUGUUUUACAUUCAGUGACAGAAGCUGAAGAAUGGAAUAACAUACUGCAAAGUAAGAUGUGGGAUUUGCCGGCUAAUAAGAGCAACAUCUUGGCUGCAUUAAGAUUAAGCUAUCAACUUCUUCCUUCACAUUUGAAGGCCUGCUUUGCCUACUGCUCCAUAUUUCCCAAGGGAUAUGAAAUUAAGAAGUUGAACUUGAUCCAUUUAUGGAUGGCUGAGGGUCUUCUACAACCAUCAAAGGCUAAAACAAUGCAGAGGGUAGGUGAGGAAUACCUGUGUGAGCUUUUGUCGAGGUCAUUGCUACAACGAUCAACAAGUAAUGAUUCGUUCAUUAUCAUGCAUGACCUCAUAAGCGACUUAGCACAAUAUGUUGGGGGCGAAUUUUUUCAUCUUUUUGAGGAUGAUAAUGCUGGACGAAUUUCGGAGAAAGUUCGCCAUCUCUCCUUCUUGCAAGAUAAGCUUGAUGCACCAGACAAAUUUGAUGCUUUCUAUGAUCAUUCACAGUUGAGAACCUUCAUACCAUUUAAGCUCUCAAACUCAAGGCAGUUUGGUUUAUCAGCUGAUGUAGUUUUCGGUAGCUUGAUACCAAGAUUCGUUUGUGCUCGGGUGCUUUCUUUGUCAGGUUACUCACUCAUUACACUGCCUGAUACAAUUGGAAACUUGAAGCACUUGCGUUAUUUGAAUCUUUCUCACACAAAUAUUCAGCAAUUACCGAAAUCCAUAGGGCUUUUGUACAAUCUGCAAAUAUUGUUGCUUUCAAAUUGUGUUCAUCUCACUAGUUUGCCUGAAAGUCUGGUGAAUUUGAUUUACUUGCACCAUCUUGAUAUCAUCGGUGUCCCUUUGACAGAGAUGCCCCCGCAAUUUGGCAAAUUGAAGCUUCUUCAAAAUCUUGCUGUCUUUGUUGUCAACAGAAACACAGGAUCAAGCAUUAGCGAGUUAGGGGCUCUAUUGCAACUUCAUGGUUCACUUUCUAUUGUGAACUUGCAGAACAUUGCUGAUGCCACAGAUGCAUUCAGAGCCAACUUGAUGGGUAAGAAAUUUCUUGAUGAGUUAGUAUUGAAAUGGACAAAUACUAUCCAUGACUUACACAUUGAAGCAGCUGUUCUUGAAAAUCUUCAGCCACAUGGAAACUUGAAAAGGCUGAAUAUUGAAAACUAUGGUGGCCGAGCAUUUCCAGGUUGGUUGGGAAAUCCUUUGUUCUCUAACAUGGUGUCUAUAAAUCUAACUGGUUGCAUCAACUGCUCGAAUUUGCCACCACUUGGGCAAUUAUCCUCUCUCAAGACUCUACUCAUAGCAAACAUGAGAAGCCUAAGAAGAGUUGGUCCUGAGUUCUAUGGAAAUAUAGAUUCACCUUUUAGAGCCCUUGAAAUGUUGAUUUUUGAGGACAUGCUUAUAUGGGGAGAGUGGUUGCCAACUGAGUUUGAAGAAUUCCCUUCCCUUAAAGAGCUUCACAUAAAGAGAUGUCCAUUAUUGACCGGGAACUUGUCCCGCCAUUUGGGUUCUCUAGAAAAACUUGUCAUCUCUGGAUGCCAUAAUCUUGCCAAUUCAUUUCCAAGAGUCCCAAGAUUGAGAGAACUAGAGCUAACUGAUUGCGAUGCAUUGAUGAUCUUGCCGGAGGAAAUGAUGCUAGGGACUGGAGCUCUAAGAAGGGUGACCAUAUGCGACUGUCCCUUGCUUCAAUCUUUUCCUGCACUUGGUCUUCUUACACGGUUAAAGUCACUUCACAUAUGCAACUCUAGGAAUUUAGAGUUUCUUCCACUGCAACAAGCUCCACACAAUUACCAAGCAAUGGAGCAGUUGCACUUGGAAGGCAGCUGCGACGAUCUGGUUUUUUUCCCACUGUCUUCCUUCCCGGCUCUCCGUGAUCUUCACAUCCAAGACUGUCUCAAUCUCCAAUCUCUUCAGAGGCUGGCAGACUGGGAACUGCCCUCUCUUGAAAGCAUAUUGAUAAAAGAUUGCCCAAACUUGAUGUCUUUCCCGGAAGGAGGGUUACCACCUACUCCUAUCCUUCGAUGCAUUUCAAUUAGCAACUGUCCAAACCUGUCACCCCAAGCAGAAUGGGGUCUUCAUGAAUUGACAUGUCUUGAAUUGUUCAGGAUUGAAGGGGAACUGAUUGGUUUAGAGUCAUUUCCAGAUGAAGGGGUGCUUCCAGCUUGCUUGAAUUCUCUUCACAUCACUGGACUUGUGAACCUCACAACUCUCAAUCAUAGUGGUCUUCAGCACCUUGAAUCCCUCAAACUUCUGCAGAUUAGUGGUUGUAACAUGCUACAAUCUCUACCUGCAGAGGGUCUUCCAAAUUCCUUGUGUUCUCUCAUCAUCAUGGAUUGUCCUCUGCUUGCUCCUCUGUGUGAAGAGGAGACGGGAGAGCAUUGGCCUCUCAUUUCUCACAUCCCAAACAUAGUUAUUUACUGAUCAAAACUCUCUUCCUUUUAGUAUUCUACUCUUCUUAUGUACUUUAUUUAUCUCUUCCCGUGUUCCCGAGUAAUGUGGAUUCAUUGUCAGAUUAUAUCCAUGUUUGUAUAUGAAUGUUGACUAAGCAUUUUACAUGUUUAUAAUAAAAUCUAAUAUUUAAAA